UCAAUAUGAAACUACAGGUGCUGAUCAUCUUCACGUCAGUCCUCGUGGCUCAGUGCGCAUCCUCACGUGUCAGUAUUCCAGAUUUAGCCGGAUUCGGAGAGGACGAUCAGAGAGGCGUGGACGAGCGGAGCACAUCCGAGGACGACAAGAUCUGCUUCCUGUUGAAGGAAAAGGAUUCCGAGAGCCACAUCUCCUGCAAGCACCGUUUGACCCGCAGUAAAUUUAACUACAACCCAUUCGGCCUGCGCUUCGGCAAGAGAGACGAGCGCGUCAUGUCCGAGAGAUCGGGAUCGAGGAAAAUGCUCCCGCUUCUGCUUUUCGUCAGAGAACUGGAGGAAGCGACAUGAACAAACACGCACACAAAAAAACAAAAACAAAGGAAAAAUAAAGCGAGCAAGUUGUGUGAGCUGGAUUAACUGGAGAUCUUGAUUGUGCUGGACAUUCUGGCCUGUUAGAUUAAAGCACGCGUGUGUGCGCAAUAAAAGCUUGUUUUUUGUAAAUUGUUAAACAGUUCAGAGACUCAAUUUUACAAAUAUUCAAAU